AUGGCUGCCAUCCGGCUUUGAGAAUUUAUUGACCGCCGCCCAGUGAUCCUAUCUAGUGUAUUCAUCGUUCAUCAAGGAAAGGACAUCCAAGGAUAUUACCCCGGGCAGCUGGCAAGAGUCCACUUUGAUUCUAGUGAGAAGAGACCUCCCAGACCUCUCAUAGACUUGACAAUUCCACCCAAGAGAAAAAGCCAGGAUCAGCCUCAAUUAGACCAACAAACUCUCAUUCGAUACAUUUGUUUUCGAAGACAUUCAAGGCCCGCUGAACCCUGGUAUAAAGAAACCACCUACCAAAGGGACUAUUCUCUGCCAUUUUACAAGAUUGAUUGGAACAAGAAAUUAGCCACAGUUUCAUCAAACCCUAGACCACUCGAUUCUCUGCCAGAGCUCUACUGUUGUCAAGAGAGGCAGUUGUGA